AGUCUGGAGCGGCACUGGCGCAGAGUGGCUCCAUCGGCAGCGCUGGAAUUCUCUGUAUCCCUCCCUCGGAGCAUCCUCGCCCAGAAAAGGAAAAAAAAGGGCUUUCCUCCCUUUUGGUGGCGCCCGGCAGAGCCUCGGGGGAGGGGGAUGCUGGGAUCGGCCGGGACGCUGGGAAGCGCCGCUGGAUGCUGAUCGGGAAUCUCUGGAUGCAGCAUGGCCCAGGGCAGGAGGCACGCGUCCGGCCGGGCCUCCAGCACGCCCAGGAUGAGCUCUGACGGCGGCAGCAAGCCCCUCAAGGUGGGCUCCCGCGUGGAGGUCAUCGGCAAGGGCCACCGCGGCACCGUGGCCUACGUGGGGGCCACCCUGUUCGCCACCGGCAAAUGGGUCGGGGUCAUCCUGGACGAGGCCAAGGGCAAGAACGAUGGCACGGUGCAGGGAAGGAAAUAUUUCACCUGCGAGGAGAACCACGGCAUCUUCGUGAGGCAGUCCCAGAUCCAGGUGUUUGAGGAUGGAGCAGACACAACAUCCCCAGAAACUCCAGAAUCUGCUGCCAUGAAGGUCCCCAAGAGAGAUUCCCUGGAUGCCACCAAGGCCAGCAAACUGCGCGGAGCCAAGCCCAAAAAGAGCACCGCCCGCCGGCCCAAGCCCACCCGGACCCCCACGUCAUCGGCGUCCGGCGGCACGGCCGGGCCCUCGGGCUCGGCCUCGGCGUCCGGCGNGUGGAGGCCCUUCUCCCAAGAGGAGGAGAAUCUCCGUGCUCAGGUCAGGGACCUGGAGGAGAAGCUGGAGACGCUGAAAAUCAAGCGGAAUGAGGACAAGGCCAAGCUCAAGGAGCUGGAGAAGUACAAGAUCCAGCUGGAGCAGGUGCAGGAAUGGAAGAGCAAGAUGCAGGAGCAGCAGGCUGACCUCCAGAAGCGCCUGAAGGAGGCCAAGAAGGAAGCCAAGGAUGCCCUGGAAGCCAAGGAAAGGUACAUGGAGGAGAUGGCGGACACGGCCGACGCCAUCGAGAUGGCCACGCUGGACAAGGAGAUGGCCGAGGAGCGCGCAGAGUCCCUGCAGCAGGAGGUGGAUUCCCUCAAGGAGAAGGUGGAAUACCUCACCAUGGACCUGGAGAUCCUCAAGCACGAGAUCGAGGAGAAAGGCUCUGACGGAGCAGCCUCCAGCUACCAGGUCAAACAGCUGGAGGAGCAGAAUGCCAGGCUCAAGGAGGCUCUUGUCAGGAUGCGGGAUUUGUCGGCCUCGGAGAAGCAGGAGCACGUGAAGCUGCAGAAGCAGAUGGAGAAGAAGAACACGGAGCUGGAGUCGCUGCGGCAGCAGCGGGAGAAGCUGCAGGAGGAGGUGAAGCAGGCGGAGAAGACGGUGGAUGAGCUCAAGGAGCAGGUGGAUGCAGCGCUGGGUGCUGAGGAGAUGGUGGAGACUCUGACAGAGAGAAACCUGGAUCUGGAGGAGAAGGUCCGGGAGCUGCGUGAGACCGUCGGGGACCUGGAAGCCAUGAACGAGAUGAACGACGAGCUGCAGGAGAACGCGCGGGAGACGGAGCUGGAGCUGCGCGAGCAGCUGGACAUGGCCACGGCGCGCGUGCGCGAGGCCGAGAAGCGCGUGGAGGCCGCCCAGGAGACCGUGGCCGACUACCAGCAGACCAUCAAAAAGUACCGGGAGCUCACGGCUCACCUGCAGGACGUGAACCGGGAGCUGAUGAGCCAGCAGGAAGCGUCUGCCGAGAAGCAGCAGCAGCCGCCCCCCGAAAUGUUCGACUUCAAGAUCAAAUUUGCAGAGACGAAAGCCCACGCCAAGGCCAUCGAGAUGGAGCUGCGGCAGAUGGAAGUGCAGCAGGCCAACCGGCACGUGUCCCUCCUCACCUCCUUCAUGCCCGACAGCUUCCUGCGGCACGGCGGCGACCACGACUGCGUCCUGGUGCUGCUGCUCAUCCCACGCCUCAUCUGCAAGGCCGAGCUGAUCAGCAAACAGGCUCAGGAGAGGUUCGAGCUGAGCGAGAGCUGCGCCGAGCGGGCGGGGCUGCGAGGAGCCCCGGGCGAGCAGCUCAGCUUCGCCGCUGGCCUCGUCUACUCCCUGAGCCUGCUCCAGGCCACGCUCCACAAAUACGAGCAGGCCCUGAACCGCUGCAGCGUGGAGGUGUACAAGAAGGUGGGGACCCUGUACCCCGAGAUGAGCGUCCACGAGCGCUCCCUGGACUUCCUGAUCGAGCUGCUCCACAAGGACCAGCUGGACGAGACCGUCAACGUGGAGCCGCUCACCAAAGCCAUCAAGUACUACCAGCACCUGUACAGCAUCCACCUGGCCGACCAGGCUGAGGACUGCACCCUGCAGCUGGCUGACCACAUCAAGUUCACCCAGAGUGCCUUGGACUGCAUGGGGGUGGAGGUGUGCCGGCUGCGGGCCUUCCUCCAGGCCGGGCAGGAGGCGGCAGACCUGGCCAUCCUGCUCAAGGACCUGGAGACGUCCUGCAGCGACAUCCGCCAGUUCUGCAAGAAGAUCCGGCGCCGCAUGCCGGGCACGGACGCGCCGGGAAUCCCCGCGGCCCUGGGCUUCGGGCCGCAGGUGUCGGACACGCUGCAGGAGUGCCGGAAGCACCUGACCUGGGUGGUGGCCGUGCUGCAGGAGGUGGCGGCGGCCGGGGCGCAGCUGAUCGCGCCGCUGGCCGAGAACGAGGGGCUGCCAGCACCGCGCCUCGAGGAGCUGGCCUUCAAAGUCAGCGAGCAGAUUUACGGCUCCCAGGGCAUCAAUCCCUACGAGUGCCUGCGCCAGUCCUGCAGCAUCCUCAUGGCCACCAUGAACAAGAUGGCCACGGCCAUGCAGGAGGGCGAGUACGACGCCGACCGCCCGCAGAGCAAGCCCACGCCGCCGGCGGAGCUCCGGGCGGCCGCGCUCCGGGCGGAGAUCACGGAUGCCGAGGGGCUGGGGCUGAAGCUGGAGGACAGGGAGACGGUCAUUAAGGAGCUGAAGAAGUCCCUCAAGAUCAAGGGCGAGGAGCUCAGCGAGGCCAACGUGCGGCUCAGCCUCCUGGAGAAGAAGCUGGACAGCGCCUCCAAGGAUGCGGAUGACCGCGUGGAGAAGAUCCAGACCAAGCUGGACGAGACCCAGACGCUGCUCAAAAAGAAGGAGAAGGAGUUUGAGGAGACCAUGGACGCUCUCCAGGCUGACAUCGACCAGCUGGAGUCGGAGAAGGUGGAGCUGAAGCAGCGCCUGAACAACCAGUCCAAGCGGACGAUCGAGGGGCUGCGGGGGUCCCCGGCCUCGGGCGUGGCCUCCAUCGUGUCCGGCAUCGCCGGAGGUGUCGGUGCCGGGCAGGUGCCGGGAGGCGGCUCCGGGCCGGUCCAGGUGAAGGACUCACCCCUCCUGCUGCAGCAGAUCGACGCCCUGCAGCUGUCCCUGAAACACCUCAAGAACGAGAACAACCUGCUCAAGGUCAGGGGGAGUGUGGGAUGGGAUCCGUGUGGGAUCCGUGAGAACGAUGUGGGCACCAAGAAGAAGAAGAAAAAGAAGAAGCAGCAGGAGGAGUCGGAGCCCGAGGAGAACGGGGUGGAGGAGGAGGAGGAGGAGGAGGAGGAGGAGGAAGAGCCACUGCCCAAGAAGAAAAGGAAAAUCACGCCGUGUCCCCACCCCUGGCUGUGCCCCGACCCCCAAUAA